AUGUUACGCUCAAAUAUGCGGUUGUGCUCUAAAAGGGUAGGCUUUCGGAGAUAUCAUCUUAAAAUAUCUGAUGAAGUGAAAGAUGCACUGCAUAAUAAAAGACCAAUUGUGUCUCUUGAAUCCACGAUAAUUUCCCAUGGACUACCAUAUCCCCAAAAUAUUGAGAUGGCAUUGGCAGUUGAACGUGAAAUUAGGAGAAAUGGUGCGGUUCCUGCAACAAUUGCGUUUAUCAAGGGUGUUCCUAAGGUUGGUUUGGAUGCAACAGAGAUAGAGCAGUUAGCAGAAUAUGCUCAGAAGGGUGCUAUCAAUAAGGUAUCAAGACGUGAUAUUGCUUAUACAAUGGCCAAUAAGCUAUACGGAGGGACUACAAUCUCGAGCACUAUGAUUUUAUCGGAGAAGGCUGGCAUUUCUGUAUUUGCAACCGGUGGAUUAGGGGGUGUUCACAAGGGAGGAGAAUUGACUCUUGAUGUUAGUGCAGAUUUAGAAGAACUUGGAAGAACUCCAGUUGCGGUGGUAUGCGCUGGGCCUAAGGCAAUUUUAGAUAUUCCUAGGACUAUGGAGUAUCUAGAGACGAAAGGUUGUAUGGUUGCCACAAUGGGUCCCAAGGGCACUAACGUGCCAGGAUUCUACACAAGAGACUCAGGUGUCAAGUCUCCAUACAAUUUCCAGUCAUAUGCUGAGGCAGCGCAAAUUAUCCAUUCGGGCAACAGUUUUGGUCUACGCUCGGGGUAUCUCCUUUGUUGUCCUCCCCCAAAGGAAGUUGCUUUAGAUGAGCACAUCAUCAACGGUAUUAUAGAAGACGCUUGUAGGGAAGCGGAAUACAGAGGGGUUGCAGGUAAGGAAUUGACCCCAUUUUUGUUGAAAGAAAUCGCAUUGAAAACCGGAGGGGCUUCUGUAAGCUGUAACAUCUCUUUUGUGUUAAAUAAUGCCAGUAUUGCUUCCAAGAUAGCUCUUGAAUUAUCUAGAUUGCAGAAUACUGGCCAGGCAGCAAUAGAUAAUGAACCUUUACAUUUGAAAUCUUCACAGAAUGAUUUGGCAUCUAACAAGGAGGAAAUAAAAAAGAAAACAUAUUCAGCAGUAAUUGGUUCCGUUGCACUUGACACGCAAUGUAAACUAAACAGCCCAAAAGUAUACAAGUUUGACUCAAACCCUGGGAAGGCAUCAAACUCUAUAGGAGGAGUUGGUCACAAUGUGGCACUAAGUGCUAACCUCAGUAAUAGAAGCUCUAACCAUGAAACUGUUCUAAUUAGCAGUGUUGGUGAUGAUUAUGCUGCUAAGGCUAUAUUAUCGGAUUUUGGAAUGUCCAAGGAAGGAAUCUAUGUAGACAAGACUCAGAGCACUGCCCAAUACAUUUCUUUACUUACUCAAGAUGGCGAGCUCUUUAUAGCAGGUUCAGACAUGGAUAUUGCAACAAAAAUACCUUUGGAUCAUAUUAAUGAGAAAAUUAAAUCUUUAAAUCCAAAUGUGGUACUAGUGGAUGCAAAUAUUUCAGUUCCAGUACUGCAAUAUCUUGUAACUCUAAGAAAAGAGCUUGGGUUCAAACUUAUCUUCGAACCAACAUCUUCUGCAAAGGCUAGUAAGAUAGCGAACAUCAAAAACCUCGGGGUGUACCCAAAUCAUGACUUUGACAUAAUAACACCAACAGAGAAUGAAUUGAAAGCCAUUCACCAAGCAAUGGACAAUGCUGGGAAAUUUGAUCUAGACAAUUGGUUUCCUGUUUUAGAUUCCCUUAAAAUCGACAAGAAUAUAAGUAUUAAGAACAGAGCAAAUAACAAGCAUCUAAAGUAUCUCUUAGAUGUGGGAAUAUUCCAAACUGCAUCUUUAUUACUUCCCUACUUUCCAAGAAUUAUUGUUAAAAAUGGCGCAAGAGGGGUGUAUAUUUUCUCCAUUGAGAAAGUAAAUUCGCCAUCUAAGUUGCAGCUGCUAUCACAGAAUAGCGACUUCUGUAUGUUUGCCAAGGGUGAUGUUAUUAACGGUGACCAGUACGGUGUCCUAGUUGAAAAUCAUGCCGUGCCAGUUCGUGUUGACGUUUCUAACGUGUCUGGUGCUGGGGAUACGUUAGUAGGUGUUUUAUUAAAUGAACUCUCCAUUAAUCCUUCCUGCUUGGACAUAGAUGAUAUCAGUCGUAGAAAGAAUUGUUUGGACAGGGCUCAACUAGGAGCCAAACUCAGUAUUGAAGAUACUGAAACUAUUAGUAAAAAACUAAGACAUUUACCGUAA